CUCUUUCCUGCAAUUUUCUUCAGAUUUAUUUUUUUUUCCUUACUAGGGCCUAAUGACACCUUAGAUUUCAUCAAAGUGUAUACGCUACUGAGGACUUCUACGGAUAGCUUACUGCGCAUGCACUGGGACUGCCCAACACUGCCAACACUGACAAGUAUUAUGUCUUAUUUGCGCGCACUAUGCGUGCAGAGCGGUUCAGAGCUCCGCGGGUACUAACCCAUUCUAAAAAUCGCAAAUGGAUGUAACGAAAUUAAUAUUUCUCAGAAUUUGUAAUAUUAAAAUGCAACAAACAAAGGAUUAAUGCCAUAAUAAUUAUUCAUAUAUUUAUUACGUAGAAGGAAAUAAUGACUAAUGUUCUUAUGAUAUCCAUUUGGUGUUGGAUAGUAAUGGCAUUUGGCAGUAUGUUGCAUUUCAGGAUUCAAAAAAACAUCAGUUAUUUGCCGACGAGGAGAACAAAUUGCUUAAUUCGAAUCGUAAAGGGUUGCUGAUUGACUAUGGGUCAAAGUUUAACAUAUAUCGUGAGGACGGUGACGCAAAUUGUAACAAAUAUUGUAAGUGCACCAGCGCAUAAUUACCCCACGGAUUAUCGACCCCAUGGAUUGUAUAAUUACAAUCGCACAACAUUAGACACAACUCACAAUUUAAGUUCAUCACGUAAAUCAUUUCCUACUAUUACUGACAAUUAUUCUAUAAUAUCAAAUGAUAUAAAUACAGAAAUGAUGAAACUUAUUUGUAACUCACCAUUCAAGGCUAACAGAAUGCUGAAACAUAUGUGUAAGGAAGAAAAACCAAAGAAAUAUUUGAAUAAAUAUCCUGAAAGAUACUUGGAAAUUGAGGAAAUAAUUUAUACUGUAGACAAAAGAAAGUUGGAUAACAUAAAAUUAAAUUUCGAACCAUUUAUGCCUUACAAUGCAGAACAAUUUUAUUGUUUAGCUUGUAACACUAAUAUUUUAAAAGAUCUAGAUUUAUUAUAUGAACAUGCAUGUCUGCAAUCACAUAAAAUAAAUGUUAAUAAAAUUAAAAAUGAUAAAAACAGUGAUGAGUUAUUAAAGCAAUAUAUGCAGAAAAUAUCUAAUGAAUUUAUAAAAUGUCAUAUUUGUAGAAGUCGUAUCAAAAAUGAUGCUGAUAGUAUUGAUGCGCACAUUAAUGAUAACAUGCAUAAGACAAAGUAUACAAAUUCUCAUGAAGUUAUAAAUAAUACUUUCAAUUCUAUUAAACGAAUUUUUGGCAAUUUAUGGUACAGCAUUCAGAAAUUUUCAUGUGUUCUAUGCUCAAUAAACUUCACGUAUAAAAUAGAAUUUAUAGAACAUGUUAUUGCUAUGCACAAUGGGCCUUUGUUAAAUCAAAUGUUUGAUUUUUGUAUUCCAUGUGCCUCAUUAUGGUUAAAUAGAUCAGAUUGUUACACAGAACAUUGUAACGAUGUAAUGCAUAAGUAUCUAAUAAAAAAUAAAAACUUUAUGAUUGAAGAUCUUCCUGAGUGUAUAAAAAAAUUAUUAAGACAAGUUGAUAAAACUUCUGAUAUUUUAUCUGAAGAAACACAGAUUUUAGUGAAUGACAAUACACAUAAGGAAAUCAUACAAUCUUUGAAAAAUACUUUGCAUUCUUCUUUUCCACUUAUUAAAAUGUCUAUAUUUGGAUCAAGAAUUAUUGGACUUGAAUCUACAAAUAGUAUCAUAAAGAUAUUUCUUGAUUGCGGAAAUGCAUACUAUUCAGAUCACAAAAAAUGGUUGCAAAAAGGAAACUUAGAGAUUAUUGAAGAAAUUAUACGUAAACAAUCAAAUGAAUGGGAAGUAAAAGAAGAAAGAGGAAUAUUAAGAACUGUAAUAAAGUUGUUAUAUAAACGAACACGGGUGCAGUGUGAUAUUUUUAUUACAAAUAGCCUUUUUGUUCAAAGUUUUCAAUUAAUAAGAUCAUUCAAAGAUUCAUAUCCACCAUGCAAAACAUUAAUACUGUUCAUUGAAAAAUGGUUUUCUUGUUUUGAUUUACCUUCAAAGCAUGGUUUAAUAAACCAUGCUAUUGCUUGGCUUGUUAUAUUUUAUUUACAAUUAAGUUCAGAUUUACCAAAUGUUGCUACAUUAAUAAAGCAGAAUAAUAUAAAUAAAUUUAUAUGCGGAUGGAAUACUGCACAAUCGAAAAAUAACAAUAAAUCUAUGCAAUCUAUUUCUUUACUAUUAUCAAGAUUUUUUCAGUUUUAUGCUAACUUUGAUUAUCAACAUUACAUUAUUUGUCCACUUAUGGGUUAUGCUGUAGCAAAAAGGGCGUUUAUAAAUUUAGAUACAUUACCUAAAGAGAUGAAACCUUACAUCAAUUAUAUGAGAGAAUCUAAUAAUCCAGAAUGUUUAAGGAUUGAUUCUCCAUUAUGUGUGCAGGAUCCACUUGACUUAUCCCGUAACUUGACAAAGGCUGUGAAUAGUAUUACCUUGAAGUAUUUUAAACAGUAUUGCCAAGAUAGUGCAUUUAUAUUACAACAAAUUAGUAUGAAAAAAACAGAGAACGCGAAUUAAUCGUGUUUAUGAUUUCUUAGAACUAUAUUUUAGAUGACGAAAAGAGAAGUAUUUUUAUAAUUUUAUUAAUAUUUUAUGUACAUGUUUAUAUAUUGACUAUAUCAUACAGAAAGUAAUUAUGUGCCUCGUAUUAGUAAGUAUGUCUAUGCAGAUACUUAUUAAAACAAAUAAAUGGAUAUUUGUUUUAGUAACUUAAAUCAUGGUGCAACAUAUAACCAUGAAAUUUUUAGGGGAAAUACUUAUAUUUUUACAUUCAUUGCGUUAUCAACUAUUGUUUUUAUUAUACAUAUAUUUAAAUUAUGAAGAAUAUAUUUUAUAUAAAAUUUAUAUGUUCAGUUCCAGCAAUUGUUAUAUGUGGAUUUGAUAUUUAGUGCAUUAUUAAUUGAUUUAAUUUUAAAGAGCCAUGUAUUAAAUGUUGGACUAUUAUAUAUUUUAUGUUAUUGUUUUAUAUUAUAAUUGUUACUUGUUUAUGUUAAUAUUUAUUGAUAGGAUGUGCAUAUAUCUGUUAUAUUGUACUGUACCAAAGGAAUUUAAAUUAUUCAAAAAUAACUAGGCAAAAUAUUAAUUAGGCAAU